AGAUCUGUCAAACUAGAAUAGCUGAGCUAGAAAGCAAACUCCUGGAGAAACAGGAAGCAGUUGAAAGACUCACUGCACAGAUGAAGGAGCUACAAGAGCAGCUUACCCAGCAUAGCAACUCUAUGCUGCUUCAGGAAAGUGCUGUCCAGGAACGAAAUGAAGUCAUAAGAAAACUAACAAGCAGCCUUCAACAGGCGAGGAAGGAUCGCGAUGACCUCCAGGAAGAGGCUGCACAUGUAGCUGACGACAUCCAUGGUUUACAACUUCAAUUACAUCAGGCAAAUGAGAUGCUGAGGAGUAAAAGCCCUCGAAGAAAUGAGGUAUUGGAAGCCCAGCACCAGGCAGCCUUGUUUCAGAACCGUCUCAAAGAGCAAAGUACGCAUUUGGAGAUGCUGCGUCAGAAAGCACGCGACUUGGAAGUACAACUUGAGUCUUCUCAAAAGAAUACCAAAGAUAAAGAAAAUCUGCUUGCCCAAAUGGAAGAGAGUAUGAAAGAUACAAUGCAACAACUAUACAAAAGCAUAGGAGAAAAAGAAGAAAGUAUUAAAAGUCUUCAGGAUGUGCUGACAUCAGAAAGAUUUUGCUUAUCUAUACUACAACAUACCCUUUCUCUCCGGGACUCAGAAAUAAUGGAGUUAAAAAACGAAAUAUCCUUAUCCCAAAUGAAAGAACAGCAGCAUAUUGAAGAACUCAAAGUGAAUCAUGAAAAGGAUACUUGCAGACAGUUAGAGUGCUUGAGGACCGAGCUGGAGAAAUGCUACAGAAAUGAGAUUGCAAAAGCCAAGCAGGUAUAUGAGGAAGAAGUGAUUUUAAAAUAUAAGAAUGAACUUGAACAGUUAAAAAAAGAACUCUCUGCUCUGAAUUCGGAGGAACACGUUCAGAAUUUGAACGUCAUAAUAAUUGACUUAAAUAAUAGGCUUCAAGAGUCUGAAAAUCAUAAAGAAAAUUUGAGAAAGAAACUGGAAAACCAACUGGAAGAUUUUGAGAGAGAAAAAUCUGAAAUUGAGAUUAAAUACAAAGAUUUAAUUGUUGGCCUCAAAUCCCAGCUUUCUGAUGCAGAAGAACAGGUCAAGGAAGCCCAGCGAUACAAACAUGAAAAAGAGUGCUUGAAUGAAGAGAUCCAGAAACUCAAUUCUUUUGUCCAGGAAUUAAAUGAAAAGCUACAUGUUGAGGCUAAAAGAAAUAUAAAUUUAAGGCAAGAGAUUGUCCGCAAUAAAGAGAAAAUGAGGGAAAAAUUAAUUUUGCCGGAGGUGUCAGAGUUACAGGGAGUGGAACUUGAAGAGAUUUGGAGUAAACCAUGCCAGCUUGAAGGUGAAGAAGAGUUAGUUCAUGAAGAACUGGAGUCCCAGCACAGCUUGAGAGUAGACUCCUCAAGAGGUGAUUUAGAAUUGAAGAUUUUAGAGAAGCUCAAAAAGAAUAAUGAAUGUUAUGAAGCUGAUAGCCUGUCUGAAGAACAUUCGUUAGAUGUAGGCUCUUUCACCAGUGAUGAAGGCAUUUUGGCUAAGUAUCUCAUCUCUACAGAGAGACCAGAACAGUCAUACAUGUCAGACAAUUCUGAAGGUUAUGCCAUUGAGGAAGGUAAAUGUGGGUUAGACGAUAAUAUGCUUUUAGAACCCAGUACAGAUUUUGUACCACUUUUAUUAAAAUUCAGCCCUGGUGAGAAAGCGUGCCCUAGCAGUUUGGCUCAGAAGACUUUUGAAGAGACUGAGAUGGAAGCAGAAGCUUUUGUUUCAUUUUUGUCAGAUAGCUCCCUGCAGCAACAUAAAAUAAGUGACAACGAUGAUGUAAAGGAUGAUGAGAACGUCUGCUUAAUGGAGAGAUGUGUGAAGCUAACUGAGCAGCUCCAUGAGAAGGAGGCAGCCUUGAACAAGUCUCACCAGGAGACCCAAGAAGCUAUUGGAAAAUGGAAAAAAGUAAUGGCUGAGCUCUCCCAUGUGCAUUUGGAACUGAGUGAGGAACGUGAGGCACGGGUCCGUUGUGAGAAGGAGCUUGAUCAAAAAACAAAGAAAGAAAAAGAACUUGAAAACAAAAUAAGCUUUCUAGUAAAGCAACAGGAUGAGGAUAGAGGCCAACCUGAUUGCGCUGAAGACUCUUUAAUGCAACUAUCAAAAUCCUUUACCUGGCAAGAAAUGGUAAAAGACCUUAAGGAGGAAAGAGAAAUGUUGAUGGCGCAAUUGCGAACUCAGGAGCAAUUAGUGAAAGAAGUUCAAGAGCAGAAAACGGCUUCUGAUUCUGUAACGAGUGAAGUGCAGUCUCUUUUUGGGCGUCAGCUGGCUGCUUUGCAAAGUCAAAGGGAUCAAAUGCAAACCCAGCUUGAUGCUCAGAAGGCCAAAAAUCAGGCGAUAGCUGAGCUUCUUGGCCAGAAAACCGUAUUAGAAGAGACAUUGCUGAAAGAACAGGAGUUGCUCAAAGCUGAAAUCAGUAAUAAAGAACAAAAUUUAACACACUUACUGGAGGAAAAAACAACCUUAGAAGAAAGAUUAUCUGACAAGGAGCAGGAUCUAAUAAAAGCAGAGAAAAUCUUAACGGAAAAUGUUAGUAUCAUAGAGAACCUUGAAAAAAACAUACACGAACUUAAUACCGAAGUGAAAAACCUCAAAGAAGUACGGGAGUGUGAAAGGUUGCGGUAUGAGGAGAAUUUGAACACCAGUAACUUAGAAAUUCAUAAACUUAACACCGAAAUAAAGGCAAAAAGCACUGAAUACAGUGAGAAAGAAAGCCAGCUGACUGAAGAAAUAGCUCAUUUGAAGAAAACUCAGUCGGAGCUUAAAACUAACUUGCAAGAGUCUGUUCAGUCUGCGCAAGCUACCCAAGAAGCACAAUGUGAGAUGGUGAAACAUUACAAAGAGAAGAUUGAUGAAAUGGAGUCUCAGCAUCAUGAAGAAAUUAGUAAAGUGAGUUUGACACACAAGAAAGAGAUAGAAGAAUUAAAUGCCAAAAUUAAAGAGAAAGUGGAAAAGCAGCAGAAGCUGGAGGAAGAAAGGAAGGAACAGAUUGCCCUAAUAAAAAAGGUACAUGAGCGAGAGCAUGAUCGUGAAAUUUCUGAGCUGAUUACUAAACAUGACGAGGAAAUGGAGGAGCUCCGUGCAGCACUAAAUAAAGAACAGCAACAGCUGCUGGAUGAACUUCAGCAUCAAAUGGAAGCCACACACAAAGCAGAGAGAGAGCAAAUUCAGAUCCAAUCACAGACACUGCACAGCCUUGAGUUGGAAGCUUUACGCCUAAGCUUAAAUAAUAUGCACACAUCUCAGCUUGAGUUGACUCAGUCUAACUUGAGAAAAGAGAAGGAAACUGCCCUCGUGGAACUACGGGAGAUGCUCAAUGAUAAGCGUGCUCAGGAGGUAGCAAUUCUGCAAAGCCGACAUCAGCUGGAGUUGGAGAAGAUUAAAGAACAGUGUUUGAAAGAAAAAGAAGACCUUAAGUUGAAGCUUCAGCAAGAAUUAGUUGAUCAGAGAAAGAAAAUAGAAUUGGAAAUGGAAGAGACACGUAUCCAGACAUUAGAGACUCUCAAAGGAGACUGGGAGUUGGAAUCCGAGAUGCGUUUAAAAAGCAUGCAUGAAGAACUUUCUGAAAAGCAUCAGACUGAAAUGGAGGAACUGCAGAAAACUCUGGAAAUGGAAUUAGAAAAAGUCAAAGUGGAGCUGAGGCUUCUGUCUCUUGAGAAAGAACAGUGUGAAAUAAAAUGUAUAGAAUUGGAGAAGCAACACCAGUUAGCCAUUGCAAAAUUACGUGAACAGCUGCAGACUGAACAUAAUCAACUCCUAGAAGAUAUGAAGAUGAAAAGCCAAGAAAAAGAACAGAAUACUCAGAAGGAGCUGGAGAAACUUCAGGUCACGCAUGAAGAACUAAAGACUCAGUCACAAGAAGAAAUCAAGCAACUCUGGUCUCAGCUCAAUAGUACCCGAGCAAGUCGUCAGGAGUUAAGUGAUGGUGAGACCAGAACGCGAGCCUCUGUUUCAGAGUUAAAAGAGCAGCUCCUGGCUCGCGCAUCCCAUGUGGAGGAAAUAGAACAUUUAAAGCAAGAGUUUGAACAGCAGCGUCAGCAAAGAAAAAGUGAGCAUGAAACUGAGUUAGAACAAUUGAGACUUUAUUUUGAAAAGAAAUUAAGAGUUGCUGAAGAAAACUACAGAGAGGAGUUAACUUUGCUGCAUCAGAGACUGCAAGAACUGAAGGAAUAUUCAUUGUUGGAGUCGGACGUGAGCCAGGAUCAAGCAGUGGAUAUCAGUUCCUCUGUCACAGUUUUUGAAGAGACGACUGAAAAAGAGAGGAGAGUUAUACUUGACCAGCUAAAUCAUCAGUUGGAGCAACAUAAGGAAGAACUUGCCUGUUUGCGAGUACAACUUAAAGAACAGCACAGACAUGAAUUAGAUUCCUUGAGGUCUUCCCUUGCACUUCAAUAUAAGGAGGACCUAAUGAAAAUGAAGAUGGAUCUGUCAGACAAAUAUAUAACGGAAAUUGAGGAAAUGAAAAAAAAGCAUUGUCUAGAACUUGAGCAGCUCCGUGCCAGACUCUCAGAAGAGCAUAUCAAAGAAAUCACCAAACUGCGUCUACAGAGUGCUCAAGAUGCAGCACGUCAAGUUGAAAUGGAGGUGUCUGAGCGAGUGUGUGUACUAGAGAAAGAGCACAAGGCUAAGGUCUCUCUCCUUCAGUCUGAGAAACAGUAUAUUGCAGAACUUUUGGAAGAAAUAAAGCACUUAAAGGAAGAGAUUGCUAAACAAAAAGAUAUUUCUGUGCAGAAUGAAAAGCAUCUGAAAGAGGAAAUGGAAAAGGUAAAAUACAAACUUACUGAGGAUCAUGAGACUGAGCUAAAGGGCGCCAGAGAAGAAGUCCAGAAAAUAGAGAAGAUGUAUAAAGAAAAAGAGGAAAAAUGGAAGUGUGAAAAUGAGGACCAGAGAAUCCAAACAGAAGAAAAGCUAUCACUGUUGCGUAUAGAGCUAGAAAACAAAUCGGAAUGUGAGAAGCAAAAUUUGCAAAAGGAGUUUGAACUUCGUGAAACUGAAAUGAAUCAGCUUCAAGAUCAGCAGGCUGCCAGAAUUGUAGAAUUAGAGAAAUUGGUAAAAGAGCAGCAAAACAACUUGCGACAACUAGAGGACAGCCUUGCAAGUGCACAGGCUACACAGAAGUCUCAGGAGCAAUACGACAGUGAACUGCAAGAAGCCAAAGCACUCAUGGCAAAAGAAAUGGAAAAAGCCACACUUUGUUUGCAAGAAGAAUGUGCGUUUAAACUUAUGGAAGCACAAAACAAAUUUAUAGAGGAACACAAGGCUAUGACUCAGAAAUUCACAAGUGAGCAAGAGAUUCUUCUCCAGGAGCUGAAGAAGAAACAUGCUGAUGAGCUCGAACUCCAAAGUCAGCAGUUACAGGAGAAGCAUAAGCAGCAAAUUUUGUCCCUUACAGCUGAGUUUCAGACAAAGCACCAAGCUGAACUUGAAACACUGAAAUCUUCACUAGAAAGUAAACAGCAGGCUCAGCUUGAAGCUUUUGUUGCUGAACUCCAGACAAAGCAUCAAGCACAAAUUGAUGAGCUGGAGGCUAAACACUUAUCAAAUCUGGAUUCCUUGGAGUCUUCCUACCUAUCUGAAAUUCAGACUAUAAGAGAAGAACACAAGCAGGCUCUUGUGGACCUACAGAUGCAUCACACAGAACAAUUCCGUGAAAAGGAUAAAACAGAUCAAGCACGCUUGGUUCAGGAAAUAGAGAUGUUGAAAUCAAAGCAUGCUGAAGAACUUCAGCUUUCACAGAAUAAUUUGAAAAUUGAGCUAGCUACUGUUCAUAUGGAGAAACUUAAAGCCAUGGCUGUUGAAGCAGAAGAAGCUCAUAAGGAUUUGAACACAGCUCUUCAAAAUCAAAGAAGCUUGCUGGAAGAAGAAAAACGUCUGGCCCUGGACGCAUUACGCGAGGAAGUAUUGCAUAUGGAGGAAAAGCAUAGAAAAGCACUCCAAGAACUUCAGGAUCUUCAUGAGGCAGAAAUUAAGAAACAUAAGGAAGAAUAUUCCAGGGAACUCCAAAGAGAAUUGGAGAAACUAAAAGCACAGCAUGAACGUGAGCAAGAGAUGUAUGCUUCUGCAUCGGCAUCUGAAGUAGAGACUGUGCGGACAGCUCUUCUGGCUCAGUUUGAGGAGGUAAAGUUGAAGCAGCAGCUUCAGUUCCAGGAAGAGAUUGAGCUGCUGAAGUGUCAGUCAGAGGUACUACUUGAACAGCAAAUUGCACAGCUAAAGGAGGAAUUUGAAGCUGAAAAAAAGACUUCACUACAUGACAAGGAGCAGGUGUUGAUUCAGGAGAGGGAAAAGGCACAGGCUGUUCACGAAAAGGAGAAGGAGAUGUUAUCGGUACAGCUUCAGGAAAAGGCAGCUAUAAUUAUCCAGCUGGAAAAGAAAGUAGAGUCUUUAAAUCAUGAAAUGGAAGAGACUAACUCUGAACUGGAGACCCUCCUUCAGCGGCGAGAUAGAGAGAACCAAGAAGGAGGAAAUUUGGUAGCCAUGUUGAGAUCUGAUAUCAAUCAGUCCCAGGAUGAAAGGAAAAAGUUACAGGAAUCUUACCAACAUGUUUUGAAAUUGCUUAUGGAGCUGGUGAAGGCCACAAUAGCUAUUGAGGAUCUUAUCUGUAGAAAGAUUGGUCUUUGUCUUGAUGACAGUCUGACUUCUGGAGAUUCUAGGGAAAGUCACAGUGUUAUGGAAGAAAUAGGAUUCAUACAGUAUUUCAAAGCCAAAGAGAAGCAUCACUUAGAAAAAGAUGAGCUGCCUGAUGAAACUCUCACAGAACACAACCAGCUGUCUCCAGUGACUGAUGAGGGGUCUGAGCUGAGCCAAUACUUAUGUGAAAGCAUUUUUGCAAACCCAGACCUGACCUGUGAAAAUGAAGAAACGAUACUGAAAAUUUGUCAUCGCUUGCGCACUGCAGUGGAAAGACUUCUAGAACUAGUAACAGAAUCAACUAAACAACUGGAAAAAACACAUGAAAUCCAUGCACAAUUUGAAGAAGAAUUCAGUCGCCGAAAUCGGGAAACCGCCCAAGUGGUUUGUCAGCACCAGGAACUAAUGGAGUGCCUCAGUGAGGAAAGUGAGGCCAAGAAUCAGCUGGCACUUAAGCUUCAUAAAGCAGAAGGCAUUAUUGAAGGCUAUGUUGCAGAAAAAGCUGCACUGGAAGAGGCCUUGAAUCUGAAAGAAGAAUCUGAACGUCGCCUUGUUGUGGAACUGGAGAAUAUGCGCGAGCGCUUCCAGGAACUAACCCAGGAACAGGCAAUUCUUGGUCUGCUUAAGGAAGUGGAAUUUUUAGCAAAGGAGAAAUUAGAGCUUCAGUGUCAGGCCGAAAAAGAUCAUUCCAACUUGCGCUCUCAAAUGAAAGUUUUGGAGGUAGAACUUGAAGAACAGCUGCAUAGUAAUGAAGACCUGGCUAAGCAGUUACUGGAGGUUGCUGACCUAAAACAACAAAUUCAAGUCCUUGAAAAGCAGCUUAAGAAUCAACGGCAAUUCAUGGAUGAGCAAGCUGUAGAAAGGGAGCACGAACGUGAUGAUUUUCAGCAAGAAAUUCAGAAGUUGGAAGAACAGUUAAAGGUUACAGCAAAAUCGCAGGCUUCUGGAGAGCCCAGACAACAUGGGAACUAUGAAUUGACUCUACAGGUAGAAUCUUUGCAAGCAGAAAUAAAAGAGAAGAUGGAUGAUUACAGUAAGCUGUUAUUAGAAAAGGAGCAAAAACAUCAGGAAAUUACAGCUCGUGAUAAAGAAAUAGAGAAACUGGUGGCACAGAUACGAGACCUGGAGCACAGCGGCACUGAAGUCUCAAAGACUGUGAACUACUUGGAGCAACAACUACAAAAAAUGAAGAAAGUGGAAACAGAAUUAAAACAAGAUAAAGAAGCAUUGCAACAGCAACAGUACAAUAACCUGAUUCAGAUCUCUGCCCUGCAGUCUAAAUUGGAUGAAGCAAGGCACAGAGUACCUACCGAAGGCAGUUCUGAUCAAGUGCUGAAGGAACAAUUACAGGCAGAACAGGAAGCGCUUGUGAUGAAAGAGAGAGAGAUUGCAAGCUUAUUAGAUCAACUAGAGCAAUGUAAAGAUAAUUUGAUCAGUAAAAAUGAGGAGAUUUUGCAGCUGAACUUGCAGUUAGAGAUGCAAAAAAAUCUUAGCACUUCCAGCAUCAGCCAGCUUCAGUUAGAGAACGCACACCUGAAGGAGGAUCUAACAAAGCUUCACCUGAAGCAAAAUCAGGACCGAGGUAAUAGUGAUUGCUCAGCUUUAUCGUUCCCACAAGCACUGCUUAAGGAAAAGAAUCAAGAAAUCGAUCAUUUAAAUGAGCAGGUGAAGAGACUCCAGUGUGAGCUAGAGAACGCUGUGGACAGUAAGGCUGUGGAAGACCGAAAAUCUGAAAUUGAAGAACUCCAAUCUCUUGUUGAGCACCUUCGUGGUGACCAGGAAAGGCUGCGUAAGGACAAAGAUGAAGAGGUAGAACAACUUCAUGGAGUAAUUGAGAAGCUUCAAAAAGAGCUGGCGCAGUUUGGACCAGUAUGUCAUGAAGUUAGUGACAGCCAUGAUAAUCUUUAUCAGCUUGGCUUGGAAGAACCAGUAGAAAACCUUCAGAAUGAGCUGAAAAAGGGAUUGAUAGAUUGUCAGGGUGAUACUGAUCCAAACAGAAAAAACAUAUUGCUACUCUCCAAUGUGAGAGAACUUCAGGAAGAACUAGAGCUUGUGUCAACUGCUAGAGAAGCUCUGCAGCACCAACUGGAAGAGAAGGAAUUGCAGUUCAAAAUGGAAGUGGAAAUUUUAGAGCAAAACUUACAAAAAGUACAAGAGUCAUCAAAGCAGCACUUUGCAGAGCUAGCCUCCCUAAGGGUAGAGUACGAUGCACUUCAAAAAGAGUACCACCUCUUCCAAACACAUUUUUCUCAGAGGGAGGUUGAAGCAAGCAUGAUUUCUUCUCGGAUUCAAGAACUUGAAGAUACUGUGAGAGAGAGGGAAGCAAAUCUUCUAGAGAAAGAUACGCAGAUGAAGACAAUGGCAGAUCAAAGAGUAGCCGACACAAACAAAUUGCAGUGCUUAAUGGAAAAGGUAGCAGUGCUUGAAACUGAGUUGGAAAAGAAAGACACAGAUCGGGCUCAAGAGGUUCAUAAUCUUCAGUCAGAAGUUUCUAGACUUGAUUUCCAGGUGCAAACACUGAAUCAAAAAGAAGUAGCUUAUCAGAGAGAAAUUGAUGAACUGCAGGGUUGCACUUCCAAACUGAAAGAUCAAAUUGAGGAGCGUGUGAAAGAGCUUGAAACCUUACGACUGGAAAGAGAUGAACUUAUUUCACAGUUGGAGUCCCGCAAGCCAAAGGAGCAACGUGGUUAUGAAGAGACAAACCUUCCCAAGCUGGUCUCCAAAGCAGAAAUAAAAGGUGAAGAUCUUAAAGGAAUGGAGAAACUGGAAGUACUGGGAACAACUGUUGAUCAGUCAUUUGGAGUUCUGAUUUCCCCAAGUGAUAAAUUGGAAAAGGAUAACAUUGUAAGAAACUUGACAACUCACAAUAUAAAUCAGAACUCUCAGAUUAAGCAAUUGCAAGAAAAGGUCCUGGCUCAGGAAUCAGACAUGAUCAAUAACUCUGAAAAGCAGGAAGAUUUGAAAAAGCAUUGCCAGCAAACGUUGAAAAGCCAUCAAACUCCUGAUUCUCCAAAACAGAAUUUGAUCAUAGGCUAUGAAGACACUCCGAAAGGCUUCCAGGAUUUAAUUGUGAAUGUGGCUUCAUGGGAGUCACCUGAGAUUGUGAGAAAGCAGGAUACAAGCAUGGAACUUCAACCAGGGCUUCACUUGACUCCCUUUUCAGAAGUGGAUAGCACAGAUUUUGAAAUGAUGCACACAAGGUCAUCGAUGCAAGAAAAUACUUCUGGAUUGUUGGGAUAUCCAAAUCUAUAUGAACACGGCAGUGAGGAAGCAGCGGUGAGAGUAGAUGUGAAAUCUCUAGCUUUCUCUGAAAGCACCUAUUCUGUUGACGACCAAGACAUAGAGAAGAUUUUGCAGGUGAGAGAAGCUGAUAAUCUAACUUUAACCCCAUCUGAUUUGCAAGACGACCUAAGAUCAACAGCAUCCGCCAUAGAGGUGGCGAGUGAUGCGUAUGGCAGCAAUACCAGCUCCGGUUUGGGAGCCAAACUAAAACAGGAGCUAGAAACGUCUGAACAUCUAGAUGCUAGUUUCAUGACUUAUCUGCAGUACCGUGGAAUAUUUCCAGAUAUUAUGGAGUCAAUGAGAGAAAAAGAAAUACUUUCACCACAGCUGAAGACUGUACUGAAGAUGGUAUACGAGGAGAGCUGCAAAAUAUUGGCUUUGUCGGAACAUCCCUUCGGUCUUAGGGAUCGGAAAAACGUUCAUCGGUCUGGAGCAGCUACAGAGGGAUGGCAGAAGGAAGGCAUAGCCUUUCUGGAUGCUAUACAGUCACUGAAAGAUUACCUUAGCAAGGUAGCAGAUAGAGGAGACAAGGAACAUUCAGAUAUUAUCACUGACUGGAGAGGAGAACUACUCCAAGCAGUACAGAGCGUGUUCGAGAAGGAGAGAAAUGUGUUGCAGUUUGACUUGAAGUCUCACUUCUGCAAUCCCGGGUCUGGUGAUGAAGGUUCAUUAGUGGAAAAACUUGAGCAUAUUAUGAAACAACAAGAGGAACAGCGGCAGAUGGUUUUAGAGCACCUUUUCUCCUCAGACAGGAAUAGCUUGCUUUCUGAAAUACAGGACCUUCGAGCUCAGCUGCGCAUGACACAUCUUCAGAACCAGGAGAAGCUACAGCAGUUACAGGAAACUCUUACUAAUGCAGAAGAUCAUGGGAGCAAACAAGAACACCAGCUUCGGAGGAAAGUUGAAUUAUUAGAAUAUAAGCUUCAACAGGAGGAAUCUAUUGUGAGUGGCUUGCAGAGCACCCUGACUGAGGAGCAGAAGAGAGCCUCUGAAACAUGUGAACUCCUGAAUCAAGAGCAAGCUGCAGUAUCGGCCCUGAAGUUGGAGCUUUAUGAAAGUAAGCAAGAGAAUGAAAGGCUGCAAAAGUCCCUAGAAGAGCUUCAGAGGGAAAUAAACCAGUUCUGUUCUGAAUUGGAAGAUAAAGAAAAAGACUUGGCAGCUGCACUUCAAGAGCUGCAGAGCGAACGUCAGAAGGAAGCAGAGCUACGACAUUUGUUUGAGGAGCGACAGCUUCAGCAUAAGAAAACAGAAGAUGAAAACACAAAGGCUUUGGAGGAGCUACGGGCUGCCUUGGAAUUGCAGUCCAUACAGAAUCGUCAGCUGUCGGUGUCCUUAGAGCAUGAGCAAACGGUAAAUGAUAACCUCCGCAAGGAGCUUCAAAUUGAACACUCCCGCUGUGAAGCUUUGCUGUCCCGAGAACAGAACAAACUGUCGGAGCUGCAGAGAAAUUUGGACGCUGAGAAGAAUCGUUCGUUGGAGCUCCUGAAUUCCUUGAAUCACGAACGUGUUUUGACAGAGCAGUUGAGCAUGAGAGCUAAGGAAGGCGCUUCUUGUCAGCACAGGGAGUCACUCUUAGAGCAAGCCUUCGUUCGAGAGCUCCAGGCCCAGCUGGAGGAAGAGAGGUCCCGAACUAUGGAGCUAGCUGCUAUUAUUGAGAAAACGCACCAGAAGGCCAUUCGUUCCAAGAGGCAGCUCGAGGCUGAGGUUCAGAUGUGUUGCGAAGAAACACAGAAGGAAAGGGAGGUCAGUAACAAAUUGCGAGCUACGCUGGAGUCUCUUCAGAGUCAAAAGCAAGAGGUAAUCCGUUCCUUGGAGGCACAGAGAGAAAGAGAGGCAAAGCUGAAAGCUGACUGGGAACAAUUGCAGUCGCUCUUCAGGACAAUGAAAGAACAAGAUAAAAACAAGAAGGAGGAGCGAGAGAAAGAGCGAAGGCAACAGCAACAAACGGAAACGGAGAAACAGAAGGACUGGCAGAGAGAUCAAGAGAGACUGCAAAAAUUGGAACUGCAACACCAGAGGGAUGAACGCAGAAUUAAAGAGCUGCAGGAAAUACUGGCGCUGUUAGAAGAAAGGGAAAGAAAUCAUCCAUCUCAAAACUGUCAGCCAGAAGCUGUGUGUGCUUUAAACAAGGAUCGAAGUGCCACACAGGCCAUGACAAAAGAAACUGAACAACUGCACUUGCAACAGCAGCAACAACAGCUAGAGAAGAUAAGACAGCAGUUGCUUUUUGUAGCUGGCCAUCUGAAUGAGUUCAUAUAUAAAACUGUAGAUAAAACAGUUAACGAUUGGUCUGCAUCGAAUGAUGAAGCGGUAGCCUCUCUACUGCAGACAUUAAAGGAACUAAAAUCAAAUUUAUUGUCUCCUCCAGCACAUCUGAUCAGAGCUACAGAUGAUACUGACUCAGUUCAAGAGCUGGAAAGAGCUGCCUGGCAGCGAGAAAAAAGCGUUCUGCAGAAUGCCUUGAAACAGGCAGAAUCUGAACUGGCUAAAGCUACUGUUGAAAUUGAAAACAAACCAGCAGUAGAAACUUCCAGCCCAAAGUUGCAGAGAUUAUAUAGGAAGUAUCUGCGAGCAGAGAGCUUUAGAAAAGCUCUAGUUUACCAGAAGAAAUACCUCUUGCUGCUUCUCGGUGGAUUUCAGGACUGUGAGCAAGCAACCCUCUCUCUAAUAGCACGUAUGGGAAUCUACCCCUCACCUGCAGACCUGCAGCUUUCGGAUUCACGUUCCCGUCCUUUUACCAAGUUCCGGUGCGCAGUCAGAGUGAUCAUCGCUAUAUCAAGGUUAAAGUUUUUGGUAAAAAAGUGGAACAAAGUUAACAGAAAGAGUGCACCGGGUGAAACCAUCUCUCACAGUACAGCAUGUAAUCCAGUUUCUGGUGCCAGAACAGAAAUUCUGAAACAGCAACAGCUCUUAGCUGUUAACAUCAGCUCUCCUCCAACCCGCGAUACUGGAUCAUGCCACAGAACCAGCUCUGCGAGAUUUCUGAGCUACUCCCCCAGAUCCUCUUACGGGUUACAUAACAGAUUGCAUCCAUCCACAAGUCCAGCUUCAGAAAAGUCCCUUGCGUCUACUCAGGAUCCUGAACGAUCGCUUACUGAAUACAUUCAUCGCUUAGAGGUUAUCCAGCAAAGACUAGGGGGUGUGCAACCAGGACAAGUUCCAGGACCACCUCGCCAGCGAAACACGAAAAAGUGAUCAGAACGCUUCUGAAAUCUGUACUGCGAACCCCCCAGGUUAUUGCUUCCGUCUAAGUUGUUCCCUAGUGAAUGGAGGCGCUUGUGAUCUCUUGUGCAACUGAAUAAAGGGGUUUUAGUCUAUGCAGUGCUUUUGCAUCAGAUUUUUAUAUGACUUUUUACUAUAUUUUAGUACUUCAAGAGGAAAUUACUUUUCACUAAGAGUAAUGUUUUACAUUCUUAUGUGGAAUUACUACUAAGUUAACAGCUGAAGUGUGCCUGCAUCACUGUAUUGUAAGUCGCAAAGAGUCUUUUCUGUGUUUAUUUUUCUAUAGUGUAUAGCUGGAUUCCUUGUAAAAAGUUAUUAAAAUGGCAUUUUAUUAGUGAAUUCUUA